AUGGCCGCCAAGGGCAGUUUUCCUUUUGGCAUCACCGGCGUCACUCUGAGUCCAGCAAGUACAGUCAAGAUCAUAGCUGGCUCUACAGGAACACUUGUGUGUAAGACAUCGGGUGGAUUGCCAUCAGCUACAGUGUCCUGGUUCAGAAGGACAUCUACUGGAGAUGUUAACAUAACAUCCAUGUCUGAGAGUAUAUCAUCCAAGGAGACUGGACUGUCUGUUGUGACCAGUACCCUGACCCUGAGACCUCCUAAGGACAACAACUCAAUGUGGACUGUGCCUGACUCCACAACUCAGACAGGUCCCAGUUUGAGUAUAACAGACAUACAGCCUUCACGCAGUGGCCAGUACCGACUGCUGGUCUGGAAUACAAUGACUCCCACAGUGGGAACAUCUCGCAAUGGAACUGGCAAUGCAACAUUCACCAUUGUUGUGCAAUAUUCCCCAAUGGCACCAACAUUUAAAGUAUCUUCUACGGUUGUUACGGGAUUAGUAAAGAUUAUAGAAGGACAGGAUCAGACAUUCCGCUGUGAGUCUCAGAGUAAUCCGCCCGCUAGCUAUACCUGGACAUAUCCGAGAGGAACAGUGACAGGCCAAAAUCUGACGCUAAGCAACCCAUUAGGUCCCAGUGAUAAUGGAACCUUCUCAUGUAAAGCAGAGAACACACUGACACCUACUGGAGAGUCUUCACAGCAACCCCAGUCAAGUAGCUCCAUCUUAACAGUUGAAAUACUCUAUGGGCCCAGAGCUUUGGCCCUGACACCUUUAGAUGCUCUUCAAGGCACCAGACUUGAACAGAAGUGUCUAUUCAACCCAGGCAAUCCUGAACAAACAUACUUUAGAUGGACUCGUUCUACCAAUACCAACACAUGGAAGGUGCAGACUGAUCAGACCCUGGUGAUUAAUAAUGUUACUCGUAGUGAUGAUGGGAACUAUACCUGUCAGGUGUACAACAUGCUGAAUCCUACUGUGGGAACUAGUGAGAACCGUACAGAUGAGAAGUGGUUUCUACUGAAUGUGUUGUGUAAGUAG